AUGGUUGGUGCUUCUCAUUUCCAGGUAGACGCGUUAAAGACUGAAUUGGAAAACUGUUUUGGAAAGAACCCAAUAGAAUCCAACGAUUUGUCGCGCAUUGUGAACUCUAACCACUUUGCUCGCUUGUUAAAGUUCUUGGACGACGAUAAGGUUUCUGGCAAGAUUGUUUAUGGAGGUGAAAAGGAUGAAAGCAAAUUUUUGCUAACUGUGAUUGAAGAGGCCAAAGGUGAUGAAAGUUUGAUGGUUGACCCUCCCGAACUAAAGCGAUAUGAGGCAUGGUUGAUGGCUCGACAGAAGCCAUCGGGAAAUUUUACAUCUGAGGCAACAAACUUAGUAGCAUCUAAGAUUGGAGAGUUAGUGGAAAAAAAUACACAAGGUACUAUUGUCUUUGAAGGGCGUGACGAUAUCUUGACUGUUGCCCUUGGAAUAAAUGAACACCCUGGUCGGAUCCGCACUGCUCCUAGGGGUGUGGGCUUUAAGAAAUUCUAUGGAAAAAGUUCACGCUCCACCUUAGGAGGUGUCUCUCAAGAUGACCUUCUAGCCCACCUUCAAGCCUUGGAGCAAAAAAUGAAUAUAGAUUUCCAACAUAAAUUACAAAAACAUCUCCAACAACAAAGAACAGAGCUCCAACAACAAAUGCAAAAAGAGAUGCAAGAGGAGAGAGCUCAAAUCCAACAAGGAAUGAAACUCCUACAAUAG